AUGGUGGCAUUCAUCACGUUAACUGCCCUCAGCCUAGCUACAUCUGUCUACGGACAUGGCUACCUCGUUGUCCCCGAAAGUCGUACUGGCCUUGGCCACGAGGCCAACUUAGAUUCAUAUACGGAGUGUACCAUCCUCGAGCCUGUAUCAGCCUGGCCUGAUCUCACCACUGCCUCAGUCGGAAGGAGCGGGCCCUGUGGCUAUAAUGCCCGCGGCAAGUCUCCCGUCGCGACUUAUGCGCCGGGCGACAUCGUCAAUGUGCAGUGGUGCGUAGACGCCAACGGGGAUCAUGGUGGCAUGUUCAGUUACCGCAUCUGCCAAGACCAGACCAUUGUCGACAAGUUCCUAGAUGCAAGCUACCUACCUACCCACGAAGAGAAGCAGGCCGCAGAGGUCUGCUUCCAGGCUGGUACACUGGAUUGCACUGAUGUCUCGGGGCAGGACUGCGGUGCCGGCGACCAGACCAAUUGCAAGGGUGUCGAUAACGUGGCACUCAACUCGUGCUAUACGUCGAUUGCAGGUGGCUAUACCGUACCUAAGAAGAUCAAGAUCCCCGACUAUAGCUCCGAGCACACCCUCCUCUCUCUACGUUGGAACUCUUUCCAGACAGGGCAGGUAUACCUCACCUGCUCUAAUAUUGCCAUCUCAGGCAGCUCGCCAGGCAAUGGAACGAGCAACUCAACUACCGGAGCGUAA